AUGGGAUCAUGGUCGCAUCACUACGCCCAGCUUGACGCCCGGUCGCACUUCAACUUGACCCUGAAUAGCUCAGCGGUUCGACAAGUUCCAUGGACGCAAUCCAACACGACCCGGUCCUUGAUUGCUUCACUGCAACUGCAGCAAGUCCAGACGCUCCGCACGACGCAUCUGACCCUCGGGGCCUUUAGUCUUGCCUUGGCCUUGUUGUCAGUCCAUCGGAUUCUUUCGGACGCACGACGAGCAGCAGCUCUCCAGGUCCUAACCAGGAAGAAGAGAUUUAAUGCACUUCAUAAUGUUCACCCCGCCGAGACCUUCCCACUAGCCUUGGCCUUUGGCGCCGUCCUACAACAGAUUGUCUUCGUGUCUGUGCAGAGCACUACCCUUCAGGGUAUAUUCUCCACCAACUGCCGAGGUCUAGCAAUGGUCACAUUUCCCGCCAUCUUCUUGAUGGGAUACAUCACGUUGGUUUUUGGUAUCGAGAUGCUUAUUAGAGCGCUUCAAGCGGAACGCUUUGCUCCGCGCGGCAAGUGGAAUACGACAGUCUGCAUCGCCAUCGUAUCCUUCAUGAUGCUACUCACAUGGAUACCGACUGUUGCCUGGCCAAUGUCCAAUGUAUGCUUUGGCAGCUUGAUCUGGUUUCCUAUGCGAUACGAUCUUCUGAUGCUGAUUAUUCUUUCUGUGCUCGUUGCUUCCUUGUUGAUUGUGGCCGCCCUAAUAAGCUAUCAAUUGAUGAGAACACCAGACCUGGACCACAAUGAGCGCAUCUCGGCUUCACGUAUGACCUACUUCCUGUUAGUAGCUACCUUGAUCUAUGCUCUCGUGAUUCCUGUCGAAGUUCAGUCUCGACGAAGAGAAUUCAUGAUGGCAUUGGCAGCUUCCCGAAUCGCAGAAAUCUCCCUCUUCUCCUCUGGCAUGGUCAUCACCUUCUUCCACCUCUUCCUCCGUACAAACGCAACACGCAUGGUCAUCCGUCCUAUCGACGAGCUGAAAGCUCCCCCCUCGCAAAGACGACCCAGGAUUCGAUUCUUCGGCCCCAGCGACUUGGAAAUGCAAAUUAGCGGACCAAUGGCGCUACAGACAACACAGCGUCUGGAUAGCCGCCAAGGUCUGAUUGAUGUUGGGCCCGAAAAGCAUCUCCAUGACAUCGACCCCAGUUACUUUGAACGUCCAGAGCGGGCUUUGACACCAUCAACAGCCAGGUCAGGAGCUUCAAUCGACCCCACUGACUGGCCUUUGCCCCCGGUGCCAGAGAAAGAUACCCCACGUUACGCGAAUGAACGCAAUCAAAGCUACUCGUUGUUUCCCACCCGAGCCGAAGAGGUACCACGCCUUCCAGCGACCGUCUACGAUCCGAAUGCUACACAAGAUUCGGUCUCCAAGCUCGCUCUCAGGCGCUUUACACGACGAGGGUCCGUUACCAACGUCAGUGAUGCGUUCGAAUUCCUCACCAAGCCAAUGUUGCCCUUUGUUGAGCGCCAUCAACGCAUGAAGAGCACUGAUAGCAGCGCAACUGUCCAGAUCGGCCUCCGCUUCUCGGUCGCGCCUGCUACUCUUGCAGCAGCCAAGUGCACUCGAGCAGAACGCGAUAUUCAACCACUACAACGAAACGGCACCGACACGAGUGAAACGUCCAUGUUCCUCCCCAUUCAAGGGCCUCCGAGGACAGAUGCAUCACCAUUCGACGACAUGAUCAGCCCUACUACCAUUCCUCAACCUCUUUCACACGGCAAUCUACCAAUGCACACUGGAGCAGAGAGCCCAAAUCAGAGACCGAUCUCCCCCCUCGCUCCCGUAGCCUACUCGGGUGGUUAUACCAAGGUUCAACACGACAAGGCGUUUCCCCCCUCUCCAUUUCAACAAACAAGCUCUCCACUCCGGUCGGCGCCUCUCACGCACACGGCGCUUGCCUCACCUUCUGUCAUGAGCGGGCUUCGCAUGAACCCCAUCACACCCACGGGAUCACGACCAAGUACACCUGCAUCGGCCAACUCACUCACACGGAUACACAGCGGCGGCAGUGCUCCAUCGCCCACAGCACGUAUCCCCCUUGGCGCAGGCACAAUGCAACGAAAUCCCCCAUCCAAGGGCUGGAUCUGA